GUGCGCUGUUAAAAUACUCACAUGCAAACAUUUACUGAGAAUGUUGGUUUAUAUUGGAGAGGUGUUCGAUUUUCGAUAAGAUAGGAGAAAUCCACCACAAAAUUUCAUGUUAAACGCGGCAAAUCGUCACGAUAAAAGCUUUACCCACUCAUUUCUAGUGGAGUGCUAUGCCGAUCAACCUAUUGGCAGUAAUAAUUUACACCAAAUUAUCCAAAUACCCGUUGCAACAAUGAGUUCUAGUGUCGGUGUUGGCGAUGAGUCCAUCGUUCAGCAGCUGAAGAACUCGGUGGCAGCGAUUGUGGCCAAGACUGGACCCAACAGCAAGUUUGCCGAAGAUCUGAUGCAAAAGAUUAACAGACUUCAGACCAAAAUGGAAUCCCUAACUGAGAGUGAUCGACACGCAUUCAUCAGCGAGAUGAAAGGCUCCUUUCAGGAGGCCAUCGCUCGCAUUGAGCGACGAUUGGUGACACAUACGAAUUUUGCUCAAACCUAUUCCACCUCCAUAUUGGUAGCUGUGAUAUUUCUUAUCGUCUCAGUAUUCGCUCUCUUUGGCUACAAGCUGUACAAAUCGCUGACGGAGAAGGAGCUAAAGAAGCAGGAGAAACUCAAGAGCAAACAACAGAAGAAGGCUAAGAAGUCGAAUUGAUUAUUUGACUAGACGACGACGAUGAUGAUGAUGACGAUGGUGAAUUGCAGCCAGCACAUGGCUAUAGUUUUUAAUACUUCUGGAUACUGGCAAUAAAGGCAAAAGCAACCGAGCGUAGAUUCAUUAAAUUUAUAUUAAAUUGAGAGAAUUGCAAAUCUAAAUAAAUUCCUGUAAAUGAUAAAAUUGUAUAUCUCCCCCCUUCCCCCCGUGUGUACGUGUAGAAAAUAUGCAUAAUACUUAAUAUACAAGUUAUAUAGAUUGAAA